AUUAUUAAUGGAGGCAGAUUGACAUAAACGGCUUGAAACAGGAUAACAUUGCUUUUAUUGACGACGCAACUUGAAGGACAUGUAUCGUGGCAGGAUAUAGAAUCGGCAUGGGACUCGGAGGCAUUAUGACAAAAGACGCUCGGUGAUACCUGUCUGGAGCUUAGUUAUUCUAGCCGGACACGACGUUCGCUGUCAGCGCUCAUAGUCCAUUCCCGCGCUCAAAAAAGCGCGGGAAAAUUUGGUGCACCUGUUUCACUUAGCGUUACCGGUGCAUCCUUUGCACGGAUGGUGCUGAAGCCGUCAUCCUUGGCAAAUCCUGGUGAUACAACGAAGCGGAAGUAUGCGGCCAUACAUGAAUGUUUGCAGAUUGAUUAUUUCCCGGCUUCUUUCGCCUGUGAUUCAUUGGAUGAUUCCAUUGAAGAUGCUGCUAAAGGCACAAUAGCCUACCUCAGACGCCUGAUCCUUUUUCUUCUGCCAGACUCCAUAUUAGCUCGAAACAACGUUGAGGGGACAUCUGGCGUGUAUAACGAGCGUGCACUUGAGAGUGAUCUCGUAAGAUAUGGUCAGGCGCAUGGCCCCAGCAGCGAGGAAGUGCGUAAGCUUCUCCUCGGGCUGAUGAGACAGCUGAACUCUUCUUGCAAGCUGGCAGCACUGUACCCUAACUGCAGAUACACUUACCUUUGCCAUGGGCUUAGAGACGCUGCAAGGGAAUCUCGCUACCAACAUCUCCCGGAACAGUGGGAUAGUGUCACGGUUUAGACUACGUGAGGAGAAGCCGACUAUAUACUGGCCCUGGAAGUCGCUACCCCAGAACAGUAUAUACCAGGGUAAUAGGGUCUCAACCGAGACCACAACAUAUUUAAACACACAGAAUAGUGAAAUACAACCUCAGUUCAAUCCUG